UAACAUCAAUAGUAUUACUUGUUCCAUGUGAAGGAUAACUCAACUCUCAUCUAUGGUACUUUUACAUUAAGUCUCGGAUUAGAUUGGAGGGAAAAAUAAUAAGUAUAUAUGUAUGUUUCGCACAACAUAAAUUAAUUACCAACUUGUUAUUUCCGUUUUCACUCGCAUCUAAAUCCCUGAUCAAAAUCUUCAAAUCGACAAUUUCCGCUGCAAAAUUCGGCUAAUUUCAGGUGAAUUCGAACUUGAUCUCACACAUAAUUGCACUUUCGAUUCAUAGAUUACCUGUUUUCUUCUCAAAUUUCGAAACCUAGGGUUUGCAUCUUCGAAUUUAGGUUUCAUGUCGUGUAAGUAUCGAUAAUUGUAUCGACAUUUGUUGUUUUUCUAUGAGAAUGAAAGAAAUUGAAGGAUCUGAGCGUUCAGGAAGUUUGAUUGUUGAAAAAAAAGUGAGUUAUGGUGUGGGAGGUGUUCUAGGGUUUAGUGAUGGAUCUUCUAGGAAGUUGUUUAAUUUGAAUAAGGAGAAAAAGCGCUCUCGAGUUGUUGUUAGUGAUUCGGAGUCGAGUGAUGAGUUAGGAGAGCCGGUUCGCCGGAAAGUUUAUAAGUUAGGUACCGGUUUAGUCGAAAAUGAGGAGUUUUUGACCAGGAAGAAGGUUGAUGACGACUCGGAUGAAAGGAGGAUUAGGAAGGAUGUUGGCGAGAGACGUAAGUUGAUGUUGCAUAGGCAAAAUGGGAAUCGAAGGGAAUCUGGAAGUGGUAGUAGCAAGACGAGUUUUGAUAAGAAAGUCGAUUUGUAUUCGAAUAAAAAGAGUGCAAAUAGUAGUGUGUAUGCAAAGGAGCAUGAUGGACUGAACUUAUCGUUAUCUGUAUCGAAUGGAAAUGAAGAAGAUGAUCUUGAUGGAAGUCAUAGAACAGUUGGGUUGCAAGAAAAGAAUGGUGCAAGAAAAGAACGGAAAGAAUUUAGGACUGGUAUACAAGCAACUGGCACAAUGAAAAUGGUGAAAAAAGAUGCAAAUGUGAAGGCACGAAUGAAGAAUGUUAGUUCGGUGAAUAACAAGGAAAGCAAGAUUCAGCGGGCUAGCUACACUGAAAAACAAUUGUUACGGGAGAAGAUUAAGAAUAUGCUUUUUGGAGCUGGAUGGACGAUUGAUUAUAGACCAAGAAGAGGUCGAGACUAUUUGGAUUCUGUAUAUAUUAGUCCAACUGGAAAUGCUUAUUGGUCUAUAACUAAAGCCUACGAUGCUCUCAAAAAGGAAGAGAAAAAUGGUUCAAAAGAUGGUGGAGACUUUACUCCUUUACCCAAUGAGAUACUUAGUAAGCUAACAAGGCAGACACGGAAGAAAAUUGAAAAAGAGAUUGACGGGAAUAGAAAAAAUGAAGGCAACAGUAAGAAGUCUAAAAGAGCUAAGGUGAAAAAGUUGGCACAGGAGAAAGCCAUUAAGUUAUUAGAAAGGAGACCGGAGUUAGAAAGUUGUAAGUUUGAUAAGGAAACACCCCGUAAACAUGGUUUGAAAAAGUCAACUAUUCGUACUAGCUCUCAUAUGGUACAAGGAGAAAGAAACAGAACAAUGGGUAGACUUGCUUUGCUGGUUCGUGGGUAUGACACCGCGCUAAAUUCAGAGGAUAAUGGGCUUGAUUCUCACUCGGGUAAAGUUGGUAAACGGACCCUGCUUUCAUGGUUAACCGACUCCGGUAUGGUUUCUGUUGGUGACAAGGUGGAAUAUAUGAACCUUAGAAAAACACGGGUAAUGCAAGAAGGCUGGAUAACUGAAGACGGAAUCCAUUGUGAUUGCUGCAGCAAAAUCAUAACAAUUUCGAGGUUUGAGCUUCACGCAGGAAGCAAACUUGGGAAACCGUUUCAAAACAUGUUUAUAAAAUCUGGUAAUAAGUCGUUAAUGCAGUGUCUGAUUGACGGUUGGAAUAAACAAGAAGAGUCAGAGCGGAAAGGGUUUCAUGCUGUAGAUGUUGAUGGUGAUGAUCCUAACGAUGAUACGUGCGGGAAAUGUGGGGACGGUGGAGAUUUGAUCUGCUGUGAUGGAUGUCCAUCAACCUUCCACCUAAGUUGCUUAGAUAUGCAGAUGCUUCCUCAAGGUGAUUGGCACUGUCCGAAUUGUGCAUGCAAAUAUUGUGAAAGAGUUGGUAGAUAUAGCACUAAGGCCAGUGGUAAAACGGGAAAUUCACUUCUUACAUGCCGCCUGUGUGAGAAAAAAUAUCAUAAAUCAUGCAGCCCAGAGACGGAUGGCAUUACUAUUGAUUCCGAUGACUUGAAUAUUCCUUUUUGUGAACAGAAGUGCCGAGAGCUAUACAACCGCUUGCAGAAGCUUCUUUGGGUGAAACAUGAAUUAGAUUCAGGAUUCUCAUGGUAUCUCAUCCAUCGAUCCGAUCCGUUACCGGAUGUCUCAUCGGCCAACUUUUCUCAAAGAGUAGAAUCCAAUUCUAAACUGGCUGUUGCUCUGUCUGUUAUGGACGAGUGUUUUCUGCCUAUCAUUGACAGCAGAAGUGGGAUUUCUCUAAUUCAUAAUGUUGUCUACAAUUGUGGAUCAAACUUUAGUCGGUUGAACUAUAGUGGCUUCUUCACAGCCAUUUUGGACAAGGGUGAUGAAAUGAUUUGUGCUGCAUCCGUCAGGAUACACGGAACCCAAUUAGCAGAAAUGCCGUUUAUUGGGACCCGCCAUUCGUAUAGACGCCAAGGGAUGUGCCGUCGGUUAUUGAAUGCCAUUGAAUCAGCUCUCUCCUCUUUGAAAGUUGAGAAAUUGGUUAUUCCGGCCAUUGAAGAACAUUUGCAUACAUGGACACAUGCUUUCGGCUUCAGCCCGCUUGAAAAAUCACAGAAACAAGAAAUGAGGUCCAUUAAUAUGUUGGUCUUUCCUGGGACCGAUAUGUUACAUAAGUCACUGAUGAAUGAAGGCACCUCGAGAGGCAGCAUAACUUCAGAUAAAGGCGAGAAAGGUGUGGAGGUAGAUGACGACAAUAAGGCGUUGGAAUCAGAAUUGAAUAAUGCAGCCAAACCGACUGUCGAUUCCAGUACUGGAAACCCUUCUGAAUGUGAAAUCCGAUCAUCUGGAAAGAAAUCAGACGAACAAUCCGAUCCUAAUAUUUUAAAAGGUGCAAUACUGGAUACGACCGAGAUUGCUGAAGGACCUGGUGGUGCUGAUUCCGCUUCCAAAGUAGAAGCAAAUGAUUUGCAGAAAGGCAAUGGAAUGGACAUCGGAAUCACGAAUGCCAAUCUACCGCAAGUCCCUGCUGGUGCUGCACAUGAUACCAUUUUAACAGAAGUCACAGCGAAAGAUUCCGAUUCUAUUAACAUGCAUUCUGAUUCCGUUGUUAUCCGGAAUGACAGUGUGAACGAACUGGAAUCAGGCACUCAGUUCCCAGGAAAGGAAGCGGCUUCGGUUGAUGCACGGGAUGCCAGCAAUAAGAAUGCCUGAUUUCAUUGUUGUUCACUGUACAAGAAAACGAAGAAGGAUAUACAAAGUACAUUUAUAUAUAGACGCGAUCUUGUGCAAACUGCACCAUAUUCGGUACCGUUUGACUAUGAGAUUAUCACAGUUUUAUCGAUUUACUUUGCAAUUGGUAAUAUGAGUCUUUCUUGGAUGACUCGUAACAGUUUUCGUAAAAUGAGCAACAUAGCCUUGAAGGUAUAUGUUUUUCGUGUGAUCGGACUUUUGGUUCAUUAAAAUUGAAUUCAGUGCAACUGGAAUAUGAAUAUUCUUGAUUUU